AUGGGAUCGGAAUUACCGUUUGGCGGUAAACCAGUCCUGUUCGCCGGCGACUUUAGACAAAUAUUACCGGUCGUCCGCAGAGGAACGAGGAGCGACAUCGUCAGAUCGUCGAUUAAGUACAACGCUCUGUGGCGCGAAUUGGAACAGUUCAGUCUGACGCGAAACAUGCGCGCUGACAACGACGUGAACUUUGCGAAUUGGUUGCUUCAGCUAGGGAGCGGUCAGUUGCCAACGGUCGACGGUGUUCCGGACACCGUCGAAAUACCUCGACAUAUGGUAUGUGACGUUGCAGAUUUGAUUGAUUUUGUUUUUCCACAGCAAAUGUCUUUGGUCAACAUCGACGAGUUUGCUCGGAAAAUAAUUUUAUGUCCCAGGAACGAUGAAUGCAGGCAAGUCAAUCGCACGGUGCUACAACGCAUCGACGGUGCACACAGAAGCUACACCGCCAUCGACACUGUGGUGGUAGACGAUCCCGAUGAGGCAGCCAAUUAUCCGACAGAGUUCCUCAAUACUCUAGAACCAGACGGAUUGCCUCCGUACAACUUGACCCUGAAAGUAGGUUCAAUUGUCAUGUUGUUGAGGAAUCUAGAUUCAAAGAGGCGACUUUGCAACGGCACAAGGUUGGUCGUCACUGAACUGAGACGUUACAACUUUAAGGCGAGAAUGUUGUCUGGUAAUGCACAGGAAGACAUUGUCAUACCUGCGAUGCCUCUCACAUCCAGUGGAGAAGAUGAACUGCCCAUCAUAAUGCGACGAGUACAGUUUCCCGUACGGCUGUCUUUUGCGAUGACCAUUAACAAAUCACAAGGUCAAACUUUUGAUAGAGUGGGAUUGCUUCUGCCUUCACCGGUUUUCACGCACGGACAACUGUACGUGGCGUUUUCGCGUGUGAGGGACUCGCAAUCAAUUAGAAUUGGUCACCUAUGGACAGCCAAUUCAAUGACGGAGAGAAAGUUUGACAACCUCCACGUGGUUCUCUUUGGAUGCAAAUUAACUUUGGAGAUAAUUUGUAACUAA